CUCAUCCUCCGUCAAACUUUCCCCCAAUCAUCUCUCCACAUAUACACACACUACACUAUACCUAUAUGUCUUCUUUCUUCCACAAUCCCCCUAAUUUUCACUCCAAAAUAUUAUCCUAAAACCCUCAAUUCCAUCACUCUACUCAGAUCCCCCUCAAUUCACACUCUUCUACCUAGGGUUUCAUCAUCCCCACUCCAUCUGAUCUUACCGUUAGGGUUUCCGCCGCCUAAUCGGAACCACCGCUGGCCGUUUUUCCGAUCUCCGAUGGACGCGGCCGCUAGUGUUGCUCCGAUGUCGGUGCCGUCGUCUCAAUCUCAGUCCUCUCGGAAAGAAUGGCGUGUUGUUUCCGAUCAUCAUGAGGAUUUGGACCGUGUGAAGCUAGGGCAAGGUGAUGAGAGACUGAUUUAUGAGGUGCAUCAGCGAAGCGAACCAAUUACGGUUAGUGGAGGUUUUGAACAGGAGUUGCGUUUGGAUGAUGUUGUGAAGCAAAGGGAACAGCUUCAGGAUUUGGAGGUUCAUAUCAAAGCUAGGCUUAUAGCUAGAUCGGAAGUGAUGGGGAUGCAGGAGCGGUUUGAUUCGCAGAUUAAAGAGCACAUUGCGUCAAAUGUCAAGCUUGAGGAACGGCUACAUGAAAGGGAAAAGGCUAUAAUGGACUUGCAAAGGACUGUGGAUGAUAAGGAUAAAGAGCUUCAUGUGAUUAAGUUGGAACAUGAAGCGGCAUGGGCUAAAGAGGACCUUUUACGUGAGCAAAAUAUGGAACUUGCAACUUUUAGGAGAGAACGUGAUAAUUCGGAAGCUGAAAGAGCUCAACAUCUUAACAAAAUCCAUGAAUUACAAGAACACGUUCAAGAAAAGGAAAGACAGUUUUUAGAAUUGCAGGAACAGCAUAGAGUUGCUCAAGAAGCUAUCUUAUAUAAAGAUGAACAAAUAAGGGAGGCUCAAGCUUGGAUUGCAAGAGCUCAGGAGAUGGAUGCUUUGCAGUCAACUACAAAUCACUCAUUGCAAGCUGAACUGCGAGAACGCACAGAACAAUACAAUCAGCUCUGGAUUGGUUGCCAGAGACAGUUUUCUGAGAUGGAGAGGCUUCAUCUUCACACACUACACCAGCUUGAGAUUGAGUUAUCUGAGGCAAGAGAAAGAAGUGGAAAUAAUUCGACACGCGCUAAUCAAACUAAUGCAAGGGAAACAUCUCAUUUAGUGCAUGGAACUGGAAGCCAAUUGGAAGCUAGUGUAGGAACCAACCCUGAUGGUGAUUCAAGGAGUCUCCAAAAUGGCGAUGCUGUCCCUUCACAGACUGAGGAUACUCCUACUGUUCAAAUGGCCUCAAAGUCGUUGCAUGGAAUGCCGACUUAUUUUCCAUCUGGACAACUGCAUCCGUUUAUAUUCCAUCACCCUCAGAAUGUGAAUUCCCAUCUUGUUCAAUCUCAUGUUGGCCAGUUCCAUUCUGUAGCUGCAAGUUCAUCUAUCCCACAUUGGCAGAAUCAACAGGCUCUCUCUGAAGUUUUACAGAUGCAAAACCAUGAACAACAUCCUUCCCAAAAAGAUCUCAGUCUUUUGAGACCUGAAACUAAUUAUGAUUAUGAAGCAUCUGUAAACGGACAAACUUUGGGUUCUGAUUUUUUGAAUGUCGUUCCAUCUUCAACAAAUGAGACAGAACAGCAGAGUUUACAACAAAUCACUUCUCAACUUCAUGGCUCUUUGCGGUUAAAUCAUUCUGACAACGACAGUGCACAUCAGGAACACAAUGUAAAGUUUGUGUCUAAUCAUAAAGUUGAAGCUCAAAAUUCUGGCACAGAACAGCGCGGUUCUGCUGCCAUUGCAUCUCAAGGUAUUCAGGCAGUAAAGAUCAGUGACGUCACACCGAACAAGGUGGAUAGCGUUAUAGGAAAUAGUUUCUCAGUAGGAAAGACGGCAGAGAAUCUAUUUGACGAAGAAACUUUGCUAGCUUGUGUUGUUCGCACAAUUCCACCUGGUUCUGGUGGAAGAAUACAAAUCAGCUCAACGCUUCUUAGUCGGCUCACAAAAAUGCUGGCCCCACUACGUUGGUCAGAUUACGAGAAUAAACAUGGAAAACUCGAUGCUUUUUUGCGUGGUCAUCCUGAAUUGUUUGUCAUUGAAGGGGAUUAUAUUCAAGUGCAAGAGGGUGCACAGGAAAUCAUAGCUGGUAUGGUGGCUCGUGCAAAAAUCCGUGCGGCCACUGUUGCUGCUUCUCACCCAUCAUUACUGUCUUCUGUUGCUGUCACCCCUAUGGCCCAAACCCGACUAAAGCAGGGCCCGUCUGUAAAUUCAUUUUUUAGUGAAUCGCAUCACUCGAAUGGUGUUUCGUUUAAUCCUGUAGGUGUGAGAGUUUUGAGCAAACAUAAUGAUCAAGUGAAACAAAUAUUGGUGAAUGGUAAUGGAACAAAUCUUGAUAGACCUAAUUUGGGGUCUCAAGGCAAGGUUAUUAACAGCGGGAGGCCUGGUUCUAAUUACCAUGGGAAACAGCAGGGCAGGUCUACUGGGGGUCUACUUGGUUCCAGAAAAUAGAGAUUCUGGAUUUUCGAAACAAUUUGGCGGGAAAAGGGAUUUUGCUUUUUUGAUGACAAUGCAUGAACUGUUUUUUUGGUGUUUGCACGAUUCUGAAUAGAAAUGGAAUUGUAAACUGGGAUUGAAACCGGAAAUGGAAUUGGAACUAGAAUUACAGUUUAAGCUUAUUUAUCCUUUUGUUGUUAGAAUGAUCGCCGUACUAUGCUUUCUCAUUUCAAUGGAUUAAAAGUACUCAAGCU